CGGUGAUUGUUGUAUAUUUGUGUGCGUCCAUUAUUAAAACCACACACAUAUUCCUAGACAAUUUAAGUGCCUUGUACUGACCACUAUUUAAUACAACUCCCUGAAGAAACUGGCUGUCUGGACCUUCUUUAUUUUCAUUCUAAUCGGAUGACUCCUCAGUGUUCACACCCACCCCGAACUAACUUCUCUACAAUUUUUGGUGCCGAAACCCGGGAAGGUGAAUACUGAGACAAUAAGAUGAUGGAAGGCCAAGACCAGCUUGACCAUGAGUCGUUGCCCCGCCAGCGCACCAUCCGCCCACCGGCUCACCUGGACGACUUUGAAGUGGAAUACGCCGCUCAUCGUCGUCACUUCAGUAAUCUUCGUCAGUUCAGUGAUCGUUUGCCAGAGGAAGCAGAUGAUGCUUAUGAUACGGAGCACGGGACAACGCAGGGCCAGUCCACUACACAGACGCCCAGAGGAGGAGCUGGCAGCGCCACCGAAGGUACUGUGCAUAAUCCUUUAGUAUUUGCACCUGCUCGUUCAGGUGUAGACGCAAAUAGCACGAUCCGAGCACUUAGUGACCAGAACCGGAUUCUUAUGGAGGCAGUGAAGGCUCUGACAGACAAACUUAAGGAUGUGUCACCGCGCCAGCAGCUUUCAUUCACACCUCAAGCGGCACAUCAGAGCUCGUCUUCCCAUCCAGUAAGUCAUAAUGCACCUGCCCACAGGCCACGCUCGCCAGUCUACAGCCCACUCCAUGUACAUCACCAGCAGCCACCGAUGUAUCAACAUCCUGCCCAUUCCCUGUGGUACCAAGGUUCACCAGCACCCCCUCCAGUUAAUCAGCCAGCAGAACCAAAUGAUUUUGAGUGUCUCAGAGAUGGUAUGGAACGCCUGAACCUACAUGCUUCACGCCCUCAAACUCAACAUCCGCCUCCACCCCGCCAGCGGGAGGAAAGGUCUGGCUAUUACGGUGAACGUCCAUCUAGGCCUGUCCAGUACAGCAUGACACAUAACCCACAGCACCAGCCACGUUCUCCACCCUCCAGCACCAGUAGCCAUUCUCGCUCGCCUUCUCCACCCAAGACAGAGAGAUCAUACAGAGGCCCUAAGCCAUCCAUACCACAGUUUACCAGUGAUGAUCCCCGUCUUUUUACAAGACUGAAGCUGGCCCUAGAGAAUCUACUACCCGAAGAUGCCACGGAGCGUUUUAAGUAUCAGAUUCUGGUGGACCACUUGAAAUUUGAGGAUGCUUUGCUAAUAGCUGACUCAUACUGCCACUCACUCCACCCUUAUAGUGACACGAUGCGCUCACUGAUAGAGCACUACGGUCAGCCCCAUAAGUUGUCACUGAGGAGGAUAGCUGAGGUGAUGGAUGGGCCAGAUAUCCGCACUGGAGACCUCACAUCAUUCCGCAGAUUCGCAUUGAGAGUACGCGCCUUGGUGGGAAUGCUGGCCCAGAUGGGUGAUGAGGGAGCAAUUGAACUCCAUUGUGGUUCUCAUGUUGCCAGGCUCCUAUCUAAAUUACCGCAUGAUUUGCGCAGCAAUUUCAAGAGGCAUAUCCAUCCGAAGAGACAACCUGUGCCUACCUUGUUGGACUUUAGUGAUUGGCUUGAAUUCGAACUGGACGUACAGGGUACAGAGAUCAAGACAGGCCGUGCAGACAGUAGUGAGGCAUCCAGAAAGGGGAACGAUAAGAAGGCUAGAAAGUCGGCGGUACACACCACCACAGUUUUAACGGGAGCCCAGUCCCCUCCAAGUCCACCACCGUCCACUAAUGCACUACCUGAACCCACUGCAAAGCCCCCUGAUUCAGCGAGGAAGUACUGCCCCUAUUGUGAGAACGACCAUUAUCUCAACCAGUGCAGUACUUUCCAGGUGCUAGCGAGCGAUCAGAAGACAGCCUGGAUUAAGGCCAAUUACAGGUGUUGGAGAUGCGGUCGUAAACACCAGGCAGCUAAGUGCCGUCUGAAGGUUACUUGUCAAACCUGCAAAGGUAAACACCUGUCUGUGCUUCACGAUGUCAACGCCAGACCUCCGUGUGAAGGUGAGAAACCACUAGCAGUGGCAAAGCCAUCUACAGGAACCCUCUACCUAGACAGGCCAGGUCACAGUAGUAGUGUUCUGUUAAAGGUAGUCAAAGUACUCCUGUAUAAUGGCCCAUGCACGUUAACCACUUAUGCCAUCCUGGACGAUGGAUCCGAAAGGACCAUACUGCUGCAUGAUGCGGUUAAACAACUAGGCUUAGUGGGACAGCCAGAGGACCUCUCAAUCAGGACGGUGAAGAAUGAUGCACAGGUCAUAGCAGGAGCGAAUGUCACCUUCACUCUUUCACCUGCCUCACAACCUGAGAGGAAGUUUAAGAUAACGGAUGCCUUUACAGCUGAACAGCUAGGGCUUGCCAGUCACAGCCAUCCAGUAUCCAAGCUCUGCAAUAAGUACCAUCACCUGCGAGACCUCCCACUCCAGCCCCUUGACAAUGUCCAGCCACUGCUGUUGAUAGGAUCAGACUACCCCCACUUGCUCACACCAUUAGAACCAGUACGGUUAGGACCACCAGGGGGACCAGCUGCCAUUAAGACCAAGCUGGGCUGGACACUCCAAGGACCCACAAAACUGCUCCAACACUGCUUGUUCCCUCAACAGUGCUUGUUCACAGAGAUGAGGCCACCCUCUGUAGAGCUGCGUGAGCACAUUGAGAAGCUGUGGCAACUGGACAUAUUGCCUUAUAGGAGUGAGAAAGAGGUAACCCGUUCCAGAAGUGAUCAAGAGGCAGUAGCAAUGUUGCAGUCCAGGACAGUUAGAGUGAAUGUUGAUGGUAUAUUCAGAUAUGCAACACCGCUGCUGAGGAAAGUGUCCUCUACGCAAUUAAAGGCUCCCCCUCAAGCAGUCCUGCCACAGUUACGAGGGACUGAGAAGCGCCUGAAUAAGGACCCAGAGCUGGCUAAGGUGUUUAAUGAAGAGAUCCGUAAGCUGGAGGAGUCCGGCUACGUCACCAGAUUACCAGCCGACCUGGUGGACCAGUCCCCCGAGUCCUGGUACAUACCACAUCACUUGGUCUGCCACAAUGAGAAACAUCGGGUAGUUUUUAACUGCUCCUUCCAGUAUCAAGGUAGCAACCUCAAUGAAUGUUUGUUGGCAGGGCCUACUCUUGGUGCAAGUCUCCUUGGUGUGUUGCUUCGCUUCAGAGAGCACACGGUUGCCUUUGCCAGUGACAUCAAGGGGAUGUUCCACCAGGUACGCCUGUUGCCCGAAGACAAACCCCUCCUCCGGUUCCUGUGGCGAGAUGCAGUCCGUGAAGCCCCUGUGACCAUCUACCAGUGGAACGUCCUUCCGUUUGGCACCACGUGCAGCCCGUGUUGUGCAACAUUUGCCCUUCAAAAGCAUGUCAUUGACCACAGUGACUCACAGGAGGAUGUUCGCAAUGCAGUGGAGCACCACUUUUACGUGGACAACUGGCUGCAGAGCUGUGCCACAAUGGAGGAGGCCAAGAGGUUGGCUGACAAACUCAGAUUGCUACUGGCAGAGGGAGGCUUCUCUUUGCGACAGUGGGCCAGUAAUGAUCCACGGGUCAUCAGUCAUCUCCCUGCCGCAGACCGUUCAGCCAACACAGAACUCUGGCUUUCCCACCAGCAAUCAGAUGCCAAGGAGUCAACUCUGGGCUUAAGAUGGCAGUGUCAGAAAGACACCUUGACCUACAACUGUCGUCGGGUGGAGAGUCAGGCACCGACUAUGAGGGUCAUUUACCGUAUCCUGGCUAGCCAAUAUGACCCACUGGGUUAUAUCAUCCCAUACACUACCAGAGCAAAGAUUCUUGUCCAGAAGCUCUGGGAGAAACCUAGAGAUUGGGAUGAUCCUCUGCUGCCAGCUGACAUCCUGCAAGCGUGGCAAACAUGGGAAAGCGAGUUGAAGUACAUGGAAAGGAUCUCCAUUCCUAGAUGUUAUGUCACAACUGCUAUGGAUUCCCCCUCAACCUGGAGAGAUAUCCACAUAUUCUGCGACGCCUCCGAGCGGGCCUAUGGGUCGGUAGGCUACCUUCGUACAGAGGAUGCUUCAGGACAAGUUCAGGUGGCCUUCCUAGCGGCCCGCUCUAGAGUGUCACCGAAAAGACAGCAGUCCAUGCCUAGACUUGAGCUCUGUGCAGCCCUCACAGGAGCUCAGCUGGCCAGAACGCUCAGACGAGAGCUCACAUUGGACAUACGUCAGGUGUAUAUGUGGACCGAUUCAAUCACUGUGCUAACCUGGAUUACAUCGGAUUCGUGUCGAUAUAAAGUCUUCGUCGGCACACGGAUCGCUGAAAUCCAGGAGCUCACAGACCUUCAGAUGUGGCGCUAUGUUCCCACCGACUUUAAUCCAGCUGAUGAUCUGACCCGUGGUAAAACCCUCCUUCAGCUGUCAGAGCCAUCACGCUGGAGUCAAGGCCCAGCCUUCUUGUUGCAGCAUCCCGACACCUGGCCAGUAUCCCCCCAUAUUACAUCUAACAGUAGUGAUGAGGAGGAAAGAAAGCAGGUGUUCUGUGUGCACAUCGUGGCAGAUCACAGUGUGCCUGACACCUCGCAUUUCCAGACCUUCCAUGAUCUUGUUCAGGCCAGAGCGCAGGACCUUCAUGGGGCGGCCUCACAGCUGGGAGAUCCUCCAGCGGAGACCUAUAAAGGUGCUGAGAUCAGCCUCCUGAGAGAUGCUCAGUCAGCUACCUUUGCAGAGGAGGUCAAAGCUCUUUCUGCCGGGAAACCAGUGCCAUCUACAAGCAGACUCCUCACCUUGUCACCCGAACUAGAUACUGAUGGGCUCCUGAGGGUUGGUGGUCGCCUGCGUCGAGGAGAGGCACUGGAUCACGAAGUAGUACACCCUGUAGUACUAGACCCCAAACAUCCCCUGACUACUCUUCUUAUAAAGCGCUAUGAUGAUGAGCUAUGCCACCCUGGGGCGGAAAGAGUCUUCGCAGAGCUGAGGCGCAAAUAUUGGGUAUUGAGAGGUCGGGAGGCUGUGAAGCGACAUCAGCACCACUGUGUUAAGUGUCAGAUGUGGCGUGGGAAACCAGAGGUUCCAAGGAUGGCUGAUUUGCCCCCUUCCUGCCUACGGUUAUUCAAGCCAGCCUUCCACUCUACUGGUGUUGACUGCUUCGGCCCAUAUAACAUCCGUGUGGGUCGUCGUAGUGAGAAAAGAUGGGGCAUAAUAUUUAAAUGUAUGACUACAAGAGGAGUCUACCUAGAUCUGUUGAAUAGCAUUGACACUGACUCAUUCCUGAUGUCACUCCGCCGGUUCGUUUCACGGAGAGGGACCCCCUGUGAGCUGUUAUCUGACCAGGGGACGAACUUCAAGAGUGGCCAGAGAGAGUUGAAGGAGGCGUUUGCCGCCCUACAACCAACCCUGCAGUCCUUGCUUGCUAAGCAGCAAAUCAAGUUCCGGUUCAACCCGCCUGGAGCCCCUCAUUUCGGAGGCACCUGGGAGCGAGAGAUAAGAUCUCUGAAAGCCGCCCUCCAUACAACACUUGGUGGUCAGUCCGUCACAGAGGAAGUGCUAAGGACAGUCCUUACAGAAAUAGAAGGUAUUCUGAAUUCGAAACCGCUGGGUUAUGUGUCAGCGGAUGUGGCAGAUGUCGAUCCAGUUACCCCAAACUGCCUUCUGAUGGGGCGGCCGGACUCCUCGCUACCCCAAGUGGUCUACCCCGCCUCCGAAAUGCUAACAAGCAAACGCUGGCGCCACAGCCAAGUCUUGGCGGACCAUUUUUGGUCACAUUUUAUCAGAAGGUACCUACCUAGUCUUCAGCCCAGAAGCAAAUGGACCAAAGACACAGACAACCUCCAGGCCGGAGCGGUGGCAAUGAUCGUCGACCAGCACCUCCCUCGGGCCCUGUGGCCAGUGGGUGUGGUGAGCCAUACUACUGCAGGAGCUGAUGGGAGGAUCAGAUCUGCGACGGUUCAAGUGAAGGACCGGGCCUACACUAGGCCUGUUUCUAGACUGAUUCGGUUGCCCGCCCUGCCUGAGGAUAAUAAGACUGAUUAA